AGCGAGCGAGCGCUCGAGGGGGACGCGCGCCCUAUAAAGGCCCUCGGAAGCGCCAAGUAGCGGCCGAGCAGGAGCCCAGCGCGGCUCCGAGGGAUUAAGCCGCCGCCGAGGUGGGACCUUCCCUGGCUUCCCUCUCCCCCUCAGGGCUCCGUUGCGCCUUGGAAAGAGCGACAGAAGCGGAGGAGGCUCCACGUGUGUUGCUUUCCACGCUUUGCUCCGUCUGCUUCCACGCGGGAAGGGAGCGAAAGAGCCCUGGCGAGGGAAGGACAGCCGAGGAGACCAACAGAGAUGCUCAGAGUUGUCAGGACUGCACAGAAACUGCUGCUCAGUGGCUCUGGCUCAUUGGGGAUGCUGGGGAUGUGAGAGCGGCUUCGGACAGCCUUCGCUCACUCUCCCUCUCUCUUCCAAGGGAGGGAAGUUUCUCACUCCUCGGCUCUGGUGAUCUUGGAAACAUCCCCAGCUGCACUGCUUUUUGCUGCUGCGGGGAGCCCCCCUUCCCAGCCCAGGACGGAGCUGAAGGAUGCAGUUUCGCCUCUUCUCCUUUGCCUUGAUCGUCCUGAACUGUAUGGAUUACAGUCACUGCCAAGGCGGCCGAUGGAGACGCAGCAAGAGAGCCAACUAUGGACCCAAUCCAAUCUGCAAGGGUUGUUUGUCUUGCUCAAAGGACAACGGAUGCAUCAGAUGCCAGCAUAAGUUGUUCUUCUUUCUACGAAGAGAAGGAAUGAGACAAUACGGGGAGUGCUUGAAUUCCUGCCCAUCAGGGUACUAUGGUCUCCGAGCUCCAGACAUGAACAGAUGUUCAAGAUGCAGAAUAGAGAACUGCGACUCUUGUUUUAGUCGAGACUUUUGCACCAAGUGCAAACCUGGGUUUUAUCUCUACCGAGGCCGUUGCUUUGGAGAAUGCCUAGAUGGCUUCAUGCCUUUAGAGGAAACUAUGGAAUGUGUGGAAGGCUGUGAAGUCGGCCCAUGGAGCGAGUGGGGAAUUUGCAGCAGAAACAACAAGACUUGUGGAUUUAAGUGGGGUUUGGAAACAAGAACAAGGCAGAUUGUGAAAAAGCCAGCAAAGGACACUCUACCAUGUCCAACCAUUGCAGAGUCCAGAAGAUGCAAAAUGGCCUUGAGGCACUGUCCAGGAGGGAAGAGAACACCAAAGACAAAGGACAAGAAAAAGAAGAAAAAGAAUUUAAUGGAAAGAGCCCAGAAGCAACACAGCCUCUUCUUAUCUACAGACCGAGCUGGUCAAUAAGAGACUUGAGUUGUCUGUCUGUACAAGUGGGAUUAUAUCUAUCUAUAUAUAUUUGUUCAUAUUUUUUGCAAAAUGCACAGAAGCUGCUACCUGCUCCUGCACACAGAUGCACUGCAAUUCAGCUGCUUGGAUGCAAAUAACUUGUGGGGGUGGGCCUGGUUGGGGGGGGGAGAUAGAGAAUGUCCACAAGCUUGUUUGUGUUAUUUAUACUUUUAUUGUUAUUUGUUGUUCUUGUUGUUUCCCUCCCAAACCUGGAGAUAUCCAGGGGCAGAAGAAGCACACUGAGUUGAAUCAGUGGAUCUGUAUCCCUGCUGCCUCCUCCAUUUUUGAAUUGCUUUGUUUUGCUUUUGCUUUUGUUUUAACUCAGUGCCUGCAAGAUAGAAACAACCAGCUUCUUGGCCUAAAACUUUGCAGCAGGAGCAUUGAGGCUGCAAAAAAAAAAAACAUACCAUUGUUUAAUGGACUUGUGCAUAUUUAUAUAAGGAAAGGAGGCCGGGGAGUUAGGAUUGCAUUUAUGGCCUUUUUUUCCUCUCGUAUUGUAAAUUUUCAAGAAUAAAUAACACUAAGCAGAUAUUCAUAGAUAAUGUUCUUUGUCCUCAGCACCUCUUAUAUUGGGACAAUUGUAUAGUCAAACUGCUCCCAACUGAUAUAUUGCAGGAUUCGCUGCUUAGUAUUUCAGGAGCACAGCAGUUCCCAUGUGUCUACAUAUAUAUAAACCUAUUUACAAUA